AUGCUUCCCCUUGGACUUCGGGUUCAGGAGAAACUGGAGCGUCUGGUGGAUAAACACAUGCGCACGCUUGAUAGAAAAAAGGCCAGGUUUCUUCUUGCUCCAACCCACGAGGAAGAAAUUACUUCACUUGUUGCGGGUGUUAUGAACUCCUAUAAGGACCUUCCAUUACGAGUGUACCAGAUAAGUAGGAAGUAUCGAGAUGAGCCAAGACCCCGACAGGGGUUACUUCGAGGUAGAGAAUUUAUCAUGAAAGACCUUUACACUUUCGACUACAAUGCCGAGAUGGCAAUAAAGACUUACAAUGCAGUCAAAGAGACAUACGUACGACUAUUCGAUGAGCUUAGGAUACCUUACAUUAUUGCUACUGCAGACUCUGGUAACAUGGGAGGAAGUUUAAGUCAUGAAUUCCAUCUCCCAAAUCCUAAGGGCGAGGACACCAUCAUUAGCUGUUCAAACUGUCGCUAUGUAUACAAUGAAGAGCUUUCGGACGGAAAAGCAUACCAAGACAUUAGACCGCCCUCGGAUCCCAUUCAAGAUGGUAAAUCUGUCGGGUUCGGGGAGCAACAAGCACCAGCGAUUUCAACUGGCAUGUGGAUGAGUAUCUCGAAGGAUGGAAAUACUCUUGUGAGAGUAUUCUAUCCGAAGUAUCUGAUACGUGGCGGCUGCUCAGAGCCAGUUGAGCGGCAGAUCAAUUCACAUGCUGUGAGGGCAAUUGCCUGCUCAGCGGGGGUAGAUCUCGAUACCAGCGUGACUAGUCCGUUAGCAAAAUGGCAAAGUAUAGCCAGAGAGGAGAAAACCCCACCUGGCACUCGGCCAAAUCGUCCUACGAUUUUAGAUAUUUAUGACCAUCGCGUACGUGUUUACAAUCACCCUCCUCUCCCAUCUGGGCAGAACAGAGAAGUUUUGGAGCAGCUGAAUGUGCGGUUCUCAUCCCUACACCAAUACCCUGGUACCGGUGCAAAACUCGACUGCAUAAGUGCUGCGGCUGGAGACCAAUGUUCCAGAUGCGGUGAACAAGCGGUACAAACCCACACUGCUAUUGAGCUUGCGCAUACAUUCCAUCUUGGAACUCGAUAUAGCAAAGUGCUUAACGCUUCUGUGGCUGUACCUUCAACAUUGCUAAGCAACGACUCUAAAGCAAACGACAACAGUACUUUCUCUGUUCCCCUUCAAAUGGGAUGUCAUGGCAUUGGUGUUUCACGCAUGAUAUCCGCUAUUGCGGACAGCCUGGCCAACUCCAAAGGGCUUAACUGGCCAAGGGCAAUUGCUCCCUUCGAGGCCAUGAUCAUCCCGGAUAAAGGCCUGGAGGAGGAAGCUGAAAAGGUUUAUGACGCUAUCAGUCGAAUAAAUAUCGAUGCCGUUGAUGCGAUAAUUGACGAUAGAGACAAGAAUCUUGCAUGGAAACUCAGAGAUGCCGAUUUAAUAGGGUAUCCUGUAAUAAUCGUCGUUGGGAAGUCCUGGAGGAUGGAGAACAAACUGGAAGUUCAGUGUCAUCGACUAAACAAUCUCCGGGAAACGGUAUCGCUGCCAGAUUUGCAUCCACUCACUACAUCGCUACUUAAUAGACUCUAG